AUGCCUAGCAGCGAGACUCAACAGCCUGGCAAAGGGGCUUCCAAUCUUCCACCGGCGACGGCAACGGUGCCCAUGGAUUCAAAGCCCGGAGAGAAACCUCCUCUCGACUCGUUGAUCAGCACCCUUGACUUUGAAGAAGUAGCUUCAAAGACCCUCGACCCCAAAGCAUGGGCCUUUUACUCUUCAGCAGCGACAGAUCUGAUAACAAAGGGCAUGAACGCAGCUUGCUAUGAUCAAAUGAUCUUGCGUCCUCGCGUAAUGGUUGAUGUUGAAAAGGUUAGCACGAAGCAGAGAAUCCUUGGUUGCGACAGCGGUGUCCCGUUUUACUUCUCACCCGUUGCCAUGGCCAAACUGGUUCAUCCUGAAGGCGAGAAGGCGGUUGCGCGAGGAUGCAAGGAGAACAAUGUCAUCCAGACUAUCUCAACACAGGCAUCGUACCCGGUCGAAGAGAUUGUCAAAGAAGGAGAUGCUGGCCAGUCCUUCUUUUACCAGCUCUACGUCAAUAAGGACCGGAGCAAGAGCGAGGACCUUCUUGCACGAGUUCAGGCACUAGGAAUCAAGGCGAUAUUUGUCACUGUCGACGGCCCAGUUCCCGGUAAGAGAGAGGCAGACGAGCGAGCAAAGGCCGAGGAGGGUCUGUCUAUUCCAAGUGGCUCCAAAGCUAAGAGCGACAGCAAGGGUGGUGGCUACGGACGCAUCAUGGGUAACUGGGUGGAUGCCUCGCUCAGCUGGAAAGACAUCGCUUGGUUGCGGAAGGCCUGGUCUGGUCGUAUCGUGCUCAAGGGUGUCAUGACCGCCAUGGAUGCCAAGCUCGCGGCUCAGCACAAGCUGGACGGUAUCGUUCUAAGUAACCACGGCGGCAGGAAUUUGGACACAAGCCCAGCGACCAUCCUACUGCUUCUCGAACUUCAGAAGAACUGCCCUGAAGUAUUUGACCAGCUCGAGAUCUUGGUAGAUGGAGGUAUUCGACGUGGAACCGACGUCUUCAAAGCACUGUGCCUGGGGGCAAAAGCCGUGGGGGUGGGUAGGGGAUUCUCAUACGCUCUCACCUAUGGUGAAGAGGGUGUCAAGAAAUAUGUCGAGAUACUCAAAGACGAACUUGAGACAACCAUGAGACUUUGCGGUAUCACUGAUCUCUCUCAAGUCCACCCUGGGUUGGUGAACACGGGAGCCGUGGAUCACCUCGUUCCUGGCCUAGAUGGACAUCCAUAUGCGAAGUGGCGUCCUAAGGCAUUGCUGUAA